GGUGUCAAGCAGUGGGUGAGAGACAUAGGGACAAUCUCACGACUGGAUGACUGUUAAGUCAGAACUCUAAAGGUGUUUCCACGGAUUACAGUGAAAAAGUUACUGCCUGUUUUUCUGUUUUUACUCUUUAUGGAUUUCAAUUUAGUUCGUUUGAUUUUCUUCAUUUUUUUUGUUGUUACGAAAUGUUCAUUUUAUUCACAUAUCCGUCGUUAAAUUAGCUUGUCUGUACAGUUGAAGAGGUACACAUAGGGAUAAGGCUGGCUGCGUUUUUCAAAAAAGUUGCCCCUUCUGUCUCUCGGACGUUGGUCAUCAACCUUUCGGUGACCUUUUUUCUGUCUCGAUUGGGUGUCCUAACGUGAUUAUAUCAUGAGUUCCAAGAUAGUGAACUCAACCCCUGGAAAGUCAAGCAUGAUGGAUAACCUAAACGACUGCACUGGUGCCGGCUUGGACCACAUUCAGAAUCGCAUCGAGUCUCUGAGCAGUAAAAUGGACAGGCUGAUCAAUAUCCAGGAGAAGGUCCUCAAUCGGCUGGACGGAAUAACCCAGGACAUCGACGGUAUCGAGAGGGACAUGGAGACUCUGAAGGUGGACAACGAGGAGAUCCAUAUCCCUGCCAGAGCCCUAACUCUACCCCUGGCUCAGACCCAGGGCACAGGUGUGGUGGGCGAGGUGAGAGAGAUGUGUCAUGAGAUGAGCUCCAUCAUGAUGGCGUUGGACCAGCGCUCGGAGAAGCAGGCUGAGAAGCUGGACGGGAUGGAGAAUCUGGUCCUCAGCAUCCAGCAGGUCAUCAGAUUCAUCGGGGAGACGGUGAAGAGCUCCCGGGUUAUGGAGCUGAUGUUUAUGCGUCCUGCAGCACGCAAGGCCUCCAAGUCCAAAGACAGUAAGGGCAAGGUGGCCAUUAAGAGGCAAUCGUCUGCAGAAAAGAGCGAGAGCUCAGUUACUAAGAAGACCGACAAGCCAAAAGAUCACAAGGGGAAGGAUGGGAAGGAGAAGUCCAGUUUGAGCACAAAGGGUCUGAAAGCACAGAAGAAGAAGCCCCCAGAUACAGCAGACACCAUCUCCCUGAGGAAGCAGGCGUUGCUGCUGAAUGAGGUUCAGAAGCUCAACAGGGAGAAUGCAGAGAGAUCAUCAUCAUCAAGUCACCAGCAGCAGCAGCAGCAGCUUACCCCUGAUGGCCUCCUGGACCUGGAGGCUGGAUCUGGAGGGGCCUCAGAGGGGUUGGGGUCAUCGCAGACCGAGUCCCUCAGCCCGAACCAGCUGGACUUGAUCCUCGAGGGCCCCAAGGCCCCCGUGACCGAAGAGGAGUCAUUGUCUGAGGAGGAGAGGGAGGCAGCAGGAGAUGGACUAAAAGUGGAGGAGAGGAAGGAGGAGGAGGCCGUAAAGAAGCAAGAGAAGGAAGACCACCUCAGUGAAUCCAAGUUCAAGGAAGAGGAGCGAGAGGAGAAGCUGUUGAAAAUCACUGAGCAGCCUGAGGAGGUUAGAGGAGCAGAGGAGAGAGAGGGGAACAAACAUGAGGAGGACAGUGCAGGCCCAUCAGAAGCUGCUGAUAUGUCAGUAAAGGAUCUCCCUCCUCUCCCACCCUCCCCUGAAGCUCCAGGAGAGACUGGCUCCAUUCCCGAGAGCUGUGAAGUCCACAACAAAAGUGCCUCCUCUCAGUCUCUGGAGGCAGCAGAACAGGACCAGAUGGAAGAGGGCAGCACCAGCAGUAAGCGUUGGGUGACAGAGGAAGACCUGGGGGUGGAGGACCACAAGAAGAGUCGGCCAGAGGAUGAGAAUGAGGGAUGGGGCGUCUUCAAGGCAGACGGGGUGGAUAUCCGUGUGGAGCUGAAGGAGAGGUUGGGGAAAGAGAAGAAGCCGGAUCAGUCUACAGAAGUCAGGCAGUCUACUGGGGAACAGUUCUUCAUUGAUAAAAGCCCUCCUCCUCCGGCUCCAUUCAACCAUCGGAUAGUGUCGGCCAAACCGAACCAGAUCAGCAACUUCUACACCAUCAACAGAGCAGAGAUUCUAGGAGGGGGUCGUUUUGGCCAGGUGCACAAAUGCAUGGAAAACUCCUCGGGUCUCACCCUGGCUGCCAAGAUCAUCAAAGCCCGGAGUCAGAAAGAGAAGGAGGUGGUGAAGAAUGAGAUCACGGUCAUGAACCAGCUGGACCACGCCAACCUGAUCCAGCUCUACGCCGCCUACGAGUCCAGGAAUGACAUCAUCCUGGUGCUGGAAUAUGUGGAUGGAGGGGAGCUCUUUGACAGGAUCAUCGAUGAGAACUACACCCUGAUGGAGUUGGACACGGUGCUGUUCAUCAGGCAGAUCUGUGAGGGCCUGCAGCACAUGCACAAGAUGUACAUCCUCCAUCUGGACCUCAAGCCAGAGAAUAUUCUAUGUGUGAGCAGAGUCACAAAUAAAAUCAAGAUCAUCGACUUUGGACUUGCCAGAAAAUACAAGCCCAGAGAGAAGUUACGAGUAAAUUUCGGCACCCCAGAGUUCCUGGCCCCAGAAGUUGUCAACUACGACUUUGUGUCAUUUAACACAGACAUGUGGAGUCUGGGAGUCAUUACAUAUAUGUUGCUAAGCGGUCUGUGUCCCUUCCUAGGUGAUGAUGACAAUGAGACUCUGAAUAACAUUCUGGCCUGCCAAUGGAACUUUGAAGAGGCAGAAUUUACAGACAUCUCAGAGGAGGCCAAAGACUUCAUCUCCAAACUCCUCAUCAUCAAUAAAAGUUGGAGGAUAGGUGCCUCUGAAGCGUUGAGACAUCCUUGGCUCUCUGAUGCAGUCCUCCAUCACCGUCUUCAUGAAAAGAAGAACAUGUGUAACCGCUCACGCAGAUCUUCAUGCGUACCCACCACAGAUAGUUGAGCAUGAUGACUUGACGGCGCCAGCGGUGGCCACUUGGACCAAGCCUGCUGUACACCUGUAGAACUAUCUGAGCUUACCUGUCUGUACACCUUUAAAACUACCAGAGUUUACCUGUCUGAACACCUUUAAAAGUAUCAGCGCUUAACUCUGUACACCUGUAGAACUAUUGGAGCUUACCUGUCUGAACACCUUUUAAAACUACAGGAGCUUACUUGUCUGAACACCUCUAGAACUACCAGAGCUUACCUGUCUGAACACCUUUAAACUGUAACAACUCCGUAGGUGGAGGAGUGUGUCACGUGUGGUAGUGCAAAACCAAGAGACAAUUCAGCACCCAAAGGGGAUUUAUUAACUGGUAAAAAAAUAAAUAAGGCCAAUACUCAAAAUCAACAACUGGCCCUUUAUGGCAAUAACUGAAUGUAAACGUAUUAUCAUCCCCAGUGAUUUAUUUUACCCCAGGGCAGAGAGCGCUCCAAACCAUUGCCAUUGGGUGCUGACUGGCCCAAUGGUUCGGCGUGUCCUCCUCACGGCUCGCUCUCCCUCUCUGAAUGCCACUGCCUCCCCAUGUUCUGCCGCCCUAAUUGCAGCCAGUUGUACAAGAUGUGCAGCUGCAGUCUCCGUGGAGUCUCUUAAGUCUCUGUGGAGAGAUGCCACACCUUGUAAUGAGUUAUUUAGCCACCAAGCCACCCCUACACACCUCGGGUGCUCACACACCUCCCACCCCUGCUUCAACCCGUGGUUUGUACCGGCCAAUGCCCCGAUAGCGUCUCCACUUGACCAGGCAUCUAAUCCAAGGAGGUACACCCCUGGACCUCCAGGGUCAUACACCAGAGGUUGGUGUUCGGUAUCUCCAUGGUUCACCAUCUUCCUGGGUCUGGUUCUCGGCCACCUUCUGGGGCACACACGAUAACUGGUUAUUGAGAGGGGGAAGGUUCGCACCUCCAUGCGUCUGUGCCUCCUCACCAGCCUUCCUGUUCUCCUUUGAAUGACAACACAGUGUCCCCCUUAAGCUUUCUUCCACCUGGGCCUCAGGGUUUCUGCAAAGUCUCGGGUUAUCAUCACAGAAAUGUUCAAAAAUCUUAGUUUUACAGCAGUUUUACCUCAAGCCCCUUUUCUUUCACAGAGCCUUUCUUUUGGUCACCUCCAGUCCUUCUUGUGAAACCAUGCUUCUUCAAC